AUGACGCAUGAUCGACGAUUGGUGCCGGGCAGAGAAGACGCAAGAUACUUGUACGAAGCCGCGCUCGCUAAUGGAGGAAGAGUGAGAUUUGAUCUAAACCAAGGAAUCGAAACCUUUGAGGAAAAAGUAGGUCCUGUUGAAGAUGACUAUGACUUGUCAAAAUAUCUUUUUUGGGCUGAACAAGAGCUGGACGUCCUUUUGGAGUGGAUUGUCACUCAGGCACCUGGUGGGGGCCCUUUGAAAAAGGUGCUGCAUGAGGCUGACUUCGUGUCUUGGCGUGGGUUACUGACACGUAUAGCCGCCACUCCAUUCUGUCCCAAAGAAUCUUGGCAAUUCACAGCUGCUCGUGUGGGAGGUGUAAUUUUCCUCUGCGAAGGUGACAGAUAUCGUCGCAUGGAAGCUAUGACACCACGAGAACAAAUGGCGACAUACUGGGGUUUCAAGUUCGAACAGUACAUGACAGUAAAAGAGAAAAGC